CACCCCCACUAGAAAGGUGCUUAAUGGUGCAAAUUCUCCCCACGAUUUCAACUUUAUUGUUUAACCUCCACUACCACUAGGAUGGAGGAGCUCAUGGCCAACUUCGACCCGCAGUCAACUUCUAUCCGCUUUGGCGGUUGGGAGAAUCACGAUAUAGCUAACUGGCGGAAUGCUUAGUCUUAGGCUGCUGCUCCCAACAUUUUUCUUAAACUCAGAAUGAAGAAGCGUCACGAGCGAAAGCAUACCCUCUUAAAUAAUGGUGACUGGCCAAGUCUCGCAAUCGGCAGCUAAUCUUUUUCCAUUUCCCUCGGGUCAACAGCUGCGCAGGCAUUUAGGACUCGGGAGAAUCAUUAACCACUCGUGAAAAAGUUGGAAAUGGAUCACUUGCUCCAGAGCUUCGGUCUUGGUCAUUAUCCCCUCCAUUUGAAGACAAAGUCAAGAAACAUUUCUGAAUCCAAUCUCUUUCCAAAUAUAAAUAGAACUCUUAAAAAAAAAAGUACUAGGCAAGCAUGUUUAAUUAUAUUUUACCGAAUCUGUACGCUUCAUAAUUGCAAGCAGAAUGCCUUGUAAGCUAUCUAAAGACCAAUCACACCCAGAGGUUGAAUUAAUUCCGCACACUACCAUUUAACAGUGUGCAGCUUCAGCCAAAAAGCUCAUUUGCAUAUUACUCAGAAUUCACAAUGACAAAGGUGCUGAAUCCUAUAUGCACCUGGUGCCAAAGAAGGGCACUUCUGCUAAUCUUCAGUUUCUUCCUCUUCUCUGCCUCAUUGUUAACAUCUGAUGCUUGUCAUCCAGCGGACAAGGCAGCGCUGCUAGACUUCAAGAACAAGAUCACAUCAGACCCCUCAAAAUUGCUCCAUACAUGGGCUCCAGCAACAGAUUGCUGUAAAAGCUGGCACGGUAUCGCUUGUGACUCCUCUGGCAGAGUAGUGAACGUCUCUCGAUCUGGCCUUACUGGUGAUGACUUCAUACUCGAUACAUCCAUGUCCGGAACUUUAUCUCCUUUGCUUGCCAACAUCUCCUAUCUUCAAUUGCUCGACCUCAGCAACCUCAAGGAUUUGCAGGGUCACAUUCCUCCCGAAUUUGGCAAGUUAUCGCGCCUGACACAUCUUUUUCUCGAUUCAAACAAGAUUACGGGAUCCAUACCUGUUGCAUUGCGAUAUCUAUACAAGCUGAAGAAGCUAUAUCUCAGCGACAAUCAGCUAUCUGGUACUGUACCUUCACCUAUCUUUGAAUCUUUAACAUUGCUUUCAGAACUUGGGCUUUCAGGAAAUAGACUGUCCGGUCCAAUACCGUCUUCUAUUGGCAAGUUAGUUUCACUGACUAAGCUUGACAUUUUCCAAAACAGCUUCUCUGGUAGUAUUCCAGAAAGUCUUGGAAAUCUCAAGGAUCUAGAGUAUGUUGAUUUUUCGUAUAACCAAUUGACUGGAAAGAUACCAGAAUCAAUUGGUGGCCUCUCCAAUUUAGUGCUGUUAUAUGCAAAUCAUAAUCAGCUUAGUGGAAGCAUUCCUCCUUCUAUCUCUGGACUCUAUUCAUUACAGUUUUGCCGUUUAUCAGACAACACGUUAACUGGCAGCAUCCCAGCAUCAAUUGGCAAUCUUCGGAAUAUUCAAAGACUGAUCUUUGAGAACAACAGGCUUACUGGGAAACUACCUGCAACUAUAGGACAUCUUGCUGGUCUUACAGAUAUAUUCUUCUCCAAUAACAUCUUCACAGGAAAGAUCCCAUCAAGUUUUGGCAAUCUGCGAAACUUACAGACGCUAGAUUUGUCACGAAACCAACUCAGUGGUCCGAUCCCUCCACAGGUAGCUCAAUUGCAGAGAUUACAGUCGUUGGACCUGUCAUUUAAUCCUCUUGGACUAGUGAGCAUACCCAAUUGGUUCCAAGAAUUAAAGGUAUUUCGCCUCUUGUUGGCUAAAACAGGUCUCCAAGGACAGCUUCCACAAUGGUUGGCUUCAUCAUCACUGUCAACUCUGGAUUUAUCAGACAAUGCACUGACAGGGAAAUUGCCCAAUUGGAUAGGAAACAUGACAAACCUCUCCUAUCUGAAUUUAUCGAAGAAUGCAUUCCACUCUUCAAUUCCGGAGGAAUUCAAGAAUCUCUCCCUUCUGAUGGAUCUUGAUCUUCACUCCAACAAAUUCUCGGGAGGGCUGAAAACCAUUUUGUCGAAACAUUUCCAAGAUCCACUUGGGCGCUAUAACUCCAUUGAUCUUUCCUACAAUCUAUUUAGUGGUUCCAUGGAGGAGGCCAUUGGAGACGAACCGUCAUUAGCUUCCCUUGUUAUCCUAAUUCUGUCGCACAAUCGACUAGAAGGGUCCAUACCGAAGUCACUAGGAAAAUUAAGUGGACUGAUGACUUUACUGCUAUCGCAUAACUAUUUGAGUGGUGAAAUCCCGGAAGAAGUUCUGAAUCUAAAAUCGCUCCAAGAAUUUGACGUCGCUGGGAACAAGCUAAGUGGAAGAAUUCCUGCUCACAACGCCACCAUCCCAAAGACUGCAUUUUUAGGCAAUCCUGGCUUGUGUGGAGCUCCACUACCUCCUUGCAAGCACUCCUAAUUAUGCAUCCCUCAGAGAUCAUCCUUACUGUUACAUUUUGUGGUUUUUUAAAUUUAUACACUACUAUAUAAUUCAUUGGAAACCAGUGUACGUUUCGAAGGCAACAUACUUGA